AAGACCACCAACGACGACCGAAGCUAAACCAUUUUGACCACAAAAACUGCAGUGCAUAUCACAAAAUGGAACAAGAAAUGUCACCACAAAAGAAUGAAGCUGAAAACCAACCAAAGCGCAGAAUCAAAACGAUGGCUCAAAGGAUCAAAACAAAGCCAAAGCCAAACUAUGAUCGGAAAGCAAAGCACCCGGACUAUGUCCAAUUUCGGUGCAAUGCCUAUGCUUUCAACAGCAUCAUUAGAGACAUAAAGGACAAGCUCAAUGAAAGGCAGAAGAAGCUUCUCAAGAAAACCCCUUUCUGGAACUUGAUCGAGCUGUUUUACCGCCAGAGAAUUGACAUGAAUAACAUGAAUAAGUCGGACAUUGACUUAGCACAGCUGCUCAAGACAUUUGAUCCGGAUACAAAGUCCUUCAAAUUUGGAACCAAAUCAUUCCAAAUCACAAGCAAUGCAGUGACUCAGAUUCUAGGACUGCCAAAUGAAGGCAAAUCUGUCAAACUUGUCAAUGAUAGGUACACUGCUACCUUCAGAACAAGGCACUUUGGAGAAAAGGGAAAACCUUCAAAAAAACCAGGUAGAAGCAGAAUUACAAAAGACAAUUGCCUUGGCAAACCAACCGAAGAAAGAAAAGGCAAAGACAGAGCAAAAGAAAAAAACGAACAAAGGAAAAGAAAAGAAAGAAGCUGAAGAAGAAGAAGAAGAAGAAGAAGUUGAUUACGACAAGGAGGUGGUCAGCCUAAUAUUGAUUCUGCUGUGCAUGACAUUCCUUUUUGCCAACUCUUCAUCUACUUUGCAUUGGAAAUUAUUUGAGCACUGCGUGAAUCUAGACACACUUUCAAGCUAUUCGUGGGCAAGAGCUGUUUCAG